GCGCACACCCACCAACACGGGCAAACACCCAGCCGACCCCAUCUCUGCAUCUCUCUCUUUAUUUCGCCCCAGACUCCAGAGAGCGGUCCAUGAAUCCGUGCGUGCGUGCGGAUUGACUCGCGCACACACUCCACUCCACUCCACUCCACUCCCUGCCGUCCGCGUCAGUCAGGCCCCCUCGUGCACCUCCAGCUGCGCCAUUCACCGCCUACCUAGCUCCCUUUGCUUCCUUCUCCCCUCGCUCGCGCACCCCGGCCUCCUGCGCGCAGCCUUCCAGUUCCAGCGAGAGCCAGGCCGGCCGGCGACACGAGAUCUAGCUAGCUAGCUCGUCCGCGCGUCCAUGGGCUGGCCGAGACGCCGCGGCCUCACCGCGCCGCUCCUCCUCCUCUUCCUCGCCGCCGCCAUCGGUGCGUGCGCGGCGACGAGCCGGAGGACCGGCGCCGGCGGCAGAGCGCUGCAGCAGUACUCCUGGGACCCUGCGGCUGCGGCCAGGCGGAGGGAGCUGGUGGGGCCUGGGUCGUCGCCGCCGACGUGCCGGAGCCGGUGCGGGGGCUGCCGCCCGUGCCGGGCGGUGCACGUGGCCAUCCAGCCCGGCGUCAGCUUCCCGCUCGAGUACUACCCGGAGGCCUGGCGCUGCAAGUGCGGGGACAGGCUCUUCAUGCCCUGAGGCCUGAGCCCGGUUUGACCCGCGCGCCCGUCCACGACCAACCAACCACUUCGUCUGCACUGCACAUAUAUGUAUGCUCUUCAUACUCUGGUGCUGCUCGCUGCUCCCGGCGUACCAGUACAGCUUCACUUCUCUCGCCGGAGCUGGCUCUUCAAGGCCACGGAUCGAGCACAGCAAACCAGCUCGGAGCUAGCUAGAGAGGAAGUGAAGGGGAGCGCAGAGCACAGGCAGAUCGACGGAGACAAAAACAAUCGUGAAGAGGCUUCUUCGAUGUACCUAUGUAGUAAUAACAUUGUUGAGUUCUUGGAGCUUCUUUUUUUAACGAGUGUAAUGUGCUGUAAUUAAUUAGCCGGUUAUGUCUUUUGUGCUACCGAAAGAGGGAGAGAUGGAUCAGGACGUUGGUGGUCUCUCUCUCUCGUCGGUUCUUCUCCACCUUCUGGUUUUGGGAAGUGAUUUUGCAGCUAAUUUUCAUCAA